UAGUGCUGCCGCGGUCCGGUCCAGAACCACGGUUCGAACCGGACUUUUGGUCCGGUUCUCUGUGGUUCGGUCCAUGGUUCCCUCACCAGCCAGAACCGGACCGGAAAGUGGUUCUGGGUUCUGGACCUUCACUAGUGGUCCAGUUCUGGUUCAACUUUCCCGAACCUUCCCGAACCGUUCCUUGACCUUCGAAUUCCCUCGACUUCGACACCAACCAUGACGACGUCGGUGUCCAUGUCGACAUCAAAACACCGUCUUCAAGAUUUGCAUUAUUUGUUAAUCAGGCUACUGUUAGCCUUUUUGAAGAUAUCUACUUGUUCUAGUCUAUAUGCUUCCUGGAUAGUCAUGAUCCUCCACCGGUUCUCAACUCUAACAGAUCUCCUUGGAUAUUGUCGCUCUGU